AAAAAAGUAAAAUUACAGUUGUGUAAGCGCUAGGCGCUUAGCCAAUCAAUGGCAGGAUAUGUGACAAGACAUGUUAUCCAACUCUUAUUAGAAAGUCGGUCGAAUAAAUUUAGUAAUCGCGUUUCUUCAAGAAAUCGCGUUUACUGCAGAAAUAAAUAUCUAAAUAAAUGUGUUUAAACAUUGAUAAGAUUGGCAUAGGGCCACAAAGAUUCCACCUUCCUUGUACUAUAUAAAGAGGCCUAAAUAUUCUCUUGUUUUCAAACCUUAACACAUUGGAUCCUUUCUCCGUGAGCGAUAAGUUAUUUUCAGUUCGACUCCACGUACAUGGAUCAUUCAGAAAACAUUCCCUCUUGCGAUCACAAACCUCCUCGUUUGCUCACAAGAGAUCAAGAGCACGUGAUCAUGGUUUCUGCUCUGAGACAAGUCAUAUCCAACGUCCGAGGUGACAAUUCAUCAUCGAACUCGGUUGCAUGCGAAGCUCUUCAUCAACCUUUGGACGCUGGCCCUUGUCCUCUCUGCAAUAUUACCGGUUGCUUAGGUUGCGCAUUCCAAGUGCAUGAAGAGAUAGAGAAGGAGAAGAAGCACAAAGGUGUGAGGCAAAAGCCAUCAGGUAAAUGGUCUGCCGAGAUAUGGGAUCCGAGUUUGCAAAGAAGAAGGUGGCUUGGAACAUUUCCAACAGCUAAAAUGGCUGCGGAGGCUUACGAUGAUGCGGAGUCUAAGCUUGUCAAAAGAAAGGCAGCAAGAAGUGGCACAAUGAACGGAGAUGAACCAUCCAUACACCGAGAAGACGAGGGUGGAAAAUGAUUUAGAAAUUGUUUGGUCGUGUUUCACUCGAACUAAACAUGCAGUGAAAUUACACACACAUAUCAUUUAAAUAUUGUAUCUGACCACAUUGUGAUUGUUUCUUUUUAGUUUUAGCUUUAUAAUUAAAUUUGAUUUUUCUAUUUUUUUCAUAUUGAUCAUCGUGUUUUUAAGCGUUGCAUGAAAUUAAAUUUGGUUGUAUUGUUUGAAAUCAUUACUUGUAAUAAGAUAACCAUGGAUGGAGUGGAGAUUGCAAAUUAACCUACAUUAUUU